GCCACGAUGUUUCUCGAUCGGCUGCCGAGUGGAGUCUGCCACUCUGCAGUCUGCCCUGUCUGCCGUGAUGUGCCUAUAAGUAUAGUAUACUUACUGCGGACCAAUCCUAUGGCUGUCUCUUUCUCGCUACUUAAUACUUAUACCGUGGCGGCGGUGUGAACUGCAACGCCGCCGAGGCCCGAGACUGUCGUAGAUGGCGUAACAAGAGCCUGACCGCUGACGGCAGCGGGCAGCGUCAGCUCGACUCGAGCUUACUGGCUUCUCACUUCUAGUCAUGAGUGGAUUCAGGGGUGAACCGUGAAUUGAUGUUGUGACAUGACGCUGGAUCGGUAUCUGUGAACCGAACAUUUCGUUGAAAUACGCGUUUGUAUUAUAUAGCAAUCCCGUUUCAACACUGCAAAAAUCAAAAUGAACAACAUGAAUAUGCCAAUGCAGCAAGGUGGACCAAUGAUGAAUCAAAUGGUCCAGGGAAAUCCUGUUCAAAUGGCGAAUGCCCAGCACGCAAUGCAUCCAAAUCAAACGCCUAUCCAGCAAGCGCAACCAAUGGAGAAGCAAGACAAUAUUUCUAAAGUGAAAUCUCUGAUAGGACCCUUGAGAGAUUCUCUCUCAGUUGCCUUGAAAACUGCUGCACAUACAUUGCACCAAAACAGUUUAGUGGACACAUCCAAGGGAAUAGAUCCUCCGGAUCACCGAUUCAACAAGAACAUGGAGGAAUUUUACUCAAUUUGCGAUCAGAUCGAGCUUCAUCUCAGAACAUCAAUUGAAUGUUUGAGCCAGAAUUCUAGUUCUGUGAGAUAUAUGCCUGUGUCUGUGAUGCCUAUUAGACCAGAUAACCUUAGCUCCCAAGAAGCUUUGAAUUACUCGCAGUAUUUGAUGACUGUUAGAACACAAGUUCAGUACAUUCGUGACGUUUACGAGACACUCAAUCAUGCAGCUCGAGCAAUUUCAGCAACUGAUUGAUCAUGUGUAAUUAUUUUUUUAAGUAUUAUAAUAUAAUUACUUUGUGUUUAUUAAGAAAGAACUGUUCUCUUUUCUACGAGAUUAUUCUUUGGACAAACAAAGAAAUUGUUUGUGACAAGAUGUACAAAAGUAAUAAAAUACAAAGUUUAUUUAAUAAAUAUAUAAAAAUUCGUUUCUUAAAAUAUAUAAAACCACUCAACAUAAUAUCUGAGAAAUAGAUGAUUAGCCAGCCUCAUUAGACUGUGAUAAUAAGUGAGAGCAGGUUUUUAAAAUAUCAGCCUGUAAAUUACAGAUUUUUUCUUCAACUCUGAAAUAUGAAAUAAAUUAUUAAUUUUAUUAUUUAAAAA